GACACUUUAAAUUUUUCUAAUGAUGAAACGUGUUGUCGUUCUUGGUUGUGGUGCUUGGGGUACUGCUACUGUUAAGCUUGUUGCUGACAACAUUAAAUCUUCAAAAGAAUUUCAUGAUGAAGUUUAUUGGUACGUAAGAGAUGAAGAUUACAAUGGUCGUAGCCUAACCACUUGGAUUAAUCAAGAACAUAUAAAUCCCAAGUACUUGCCAACGCUUGAUAUUCCUUCGAAUGUUUCCGCCUACUCUAAUAUUCAGAAAGUGGUCGAAGAAGCUGACAUUAUAUUAGUGUCUUAUCCAUCAUGCUACAUUCUAUGGUUGGUAGAAAAUGUGAAGAAGUUUAUCAAAGACGGUGCAUAUUUUGUCUCCUUUUGUAAGGGUCUCAUUCUGUGUCCCGAAGAAAACAGAAUUAAACUGGUAAGCGAUGUUAUUCGAGAACAAACUGGUAAAAGCUGCGUAGUCGUUAUCGGAGCUACAACAGCUGUUGAAGUGGCCAAGCAACAUUUCACUGAGGCAACUAUCGGCUCCAAGAAUCUUACAUAUGCGCAUGAAGUAAAAAGACUUCUACAGUCUGAUUACCUCAAGCUUGUUAUAACUCAAGAUGAUGUUGGCGUGGAAUUGUGUGGAGCAUUGAAGAAUGUCGUGGCAAUAGCUGCUGGAAUAUGUCACGGUUUAGAUUUAGGAGACAAUACUAAGGCUGCAGUAUUGCGUAUUGGGUUUUGGGAAGUAUCUGAGCUGAUGAAAGAGUUGUUCCCCGACAGAGGUACAAAUUAUUUAACAAUUGAACAAAGUUGUGGAAUAGCUGAAUUAUUUAUGUGUAUGUCAUAUAGAUCAGACGAAAUCCCAGAUAUUGGAGCAGAUUUAGAUACUUUGAACAUCACCUAUGGGAGAAGGCUUUCUUUAAGUGAUACAGUUAAGUCUUCAUUGCAUCCACUUUCCUCUAAAGAUCUGCACAGAAUAUUUGUAGACGGAGUGGAAUAUGCAAAACAGAUCUACAACAUAUUAGUUGCUAGACGCCGCACGACACAUUUCCCACUAUUUGUCACUGUGCAUCGUAUCUGUCAGAAUGAAAUCAAACCUCAAGGGCUGAUUACAUGUUUACAAUCUCAUCCAAUCCAUGCUUAAGCCUUCUGGGAUUAAAGAAUUUGCAGAGGCGACCUACGGGAAUACUUGUUUGUUGUAGUAUAUUAAUGUAACUUGAAUUUUAUGCUUAAAUAAUAUCCGCCUUUUUAAGACAAAACAGAUUACCUAUGGCUUCAUUUUGAUCAGCUGAUUUUUCCUUUGAGACUCAUUUUUUGUGUUCUGCUUUAGAAUGUAAAACUUCUAAUGAUUGUGUAAUUACGAGUAAUCGAACAGUAUUUUCACAC